GGCCACAUCUAAUUUAGCAAAAGAAGAGAAGAAGCAAUAACUAGUUAUUUCUCCCUUCUCAGUUCUGCUUAAUCAUGAACAACUACUCACUUCACUAAUAGCAACAACACCCAAAGAAGAAAGGCGAAAAAAAAAAAGCUUUUCAACGGCCCCUUUUCUUUCGAACCUUUUAUUUCCCUUAGAGUCUCUUCUUUGUCGUUCAUAUAUCUUUCUUCUUUCGUUGAAUCCUCCUUUGUGUUUUUCUUCAAUUUCGAUAUAUAAAAGCCUUUCCUCUGCUUUUUUACCUUUCUACACGUUAUAAUACGUAGCAGAUUAUUAUUACAUCUAUAUAAACCUCUCUAGCUCUUUUGUCUUGUUUUUAUAGCGUAGCAAAAGGAAAGAAAAAAAAGAUAAAAGAAGAUGGAGGAGAAUGGUGUAGUGUCGAUAGUGGUGAGAGAAUUUGAUGCAAAAAAAGAUUGCAGGGAAGUGGAACAAGUGGAAAGAAGAUGCGAAGUUGGACCAAGUGGGAAACUCUCUCUUUUCACUCAUCUUUUAGGUGACCCAAUUUGCAGAGUUCGCCAUUCUGCUGCUUAUCUCAUGCUGGUUGCAGAGAUAGUGGUGCAUAAUGGAGAAAAGGAAGAGAAGAGAGCAAUAGUAGGGAUGAUAAGAGGUUGUAUCAAAACCGUUACGUGUGGGAAAAAGCUCUCAAGGAAUGCUAAAAACAGCUCUGAUUCCAUUAAACCCCUUCCUAUUUUCACCAAACUCGCCUAUAUUUUAGGCCUCCGCGUUUCUCCUUCUCACCGGAGAAUGGGAAUUGGGUUAAAACUGGUGUGCGAAAUGGAGGAGUGGUUCAGAGUUAAUGGUGCUGAAUAUUCGUACAUAGCUACAGAAAACGACAACCAAGCUUCCAUUAAGCUCUUCACCCACAAAUGCGGUUACUCCAAGUUCCGUACCCCGUCCAUUUUGGUCCAGCCCGUUUUCGCUCAUCGGGCCCGGGUAUCAAGUCGGGUCACUAUCAUCAAGCUCAGCCCAACUGACGCUGAAACACUAUACCGCCGCCGCUUCUCCACUACCGAGUUCUUCCCACGCGACAUUGAUUCUAUUCUUUGCAAUAAGCUCAAUCUGGGUACUUUUUUAGCGGUUCCAAAGGGGCUUUACUCGGCCCAAAGUUGGCCCGGUGUGGACGAGUUCUUGGCGAGUCAGCCCGAGUCAUGGGCUGUGCUCAGUGUGUGGAACUGUAAGGACGUGUUCAAUCUUGAGGUUCGUGGCGCGUCACGAAUGACAAAGAUUCUUGCUAAGACGACUCGUUUAGUGGACCGGGCUUUUCCUUGGCUCAAAGUACCGUCGGUGCCGGAGGUUUUUAGGCCAUUUGGCCUUCAUUUUCUGUAUGGGCUUGGUGGAGAAGGCCCAUUAGCUGAAAAGCUGACAAAAUCUCUGUGUGAUUUUGCACACAAUCUAGCUAAAGAGUCGCGGUGUAGCGUGGUGGCGACGGAGGUGGCAAGUCGUGAACCGUUGAGGUUAGCAAUUCCACACUGGAAAAAGCUAUCAUGCGCAGAGGAUUUAUGGUGCAUGAAAAGACUAGGGGAAGACUAUAGUGACGGGUCAUUAGGUGACUGGACAAAAUCACAACCUGGUCUUUCUAUUUUUGUUGAUCCUAGAGAAGUCUAACUUUAUAUAUGUCAUGUCCUUUCACACUAGGACUAGUGAAAAAUCUAAUUUUAGAAGCUCAAAGAAAAAGCAGGUGAAAAAGUUGAUAUUUCCUUUUUGGUAGGUUCUGUUUUUUUGUUGAAGCCAGUUGAACUUUUAACUAGAUAAGUUGAAGAUAUGGGUAGAGAACACUUUUUGUUGUUGGUUGGUUGCUGUAAAGGAGGGGAAUAUCCCACAUUUUAUGUAAAUGAAUGUGGCUUUUUAGAUCCUCUUUCGGCCAAAGAGAAGAUGUUUCUGUUGUCAUAUGCUGGAAUUUGUUAUCUUUUGGCUUCUCUCUAUAGUCUAUCCCAUCCUAUUUGUCUUU